AUGCUGCAGCGGAUAGCUGCGGGAAGGUUUGCGACGGAACGUGAUGCCUGGAAAAAUGCCUCGCCAUCUGCCAAGGACUUCGUUUGCAAGCUGCUGACGGUCGAGGCUCGUCGGCGACCCGAUGCUGACCAGGCCCUCCAGCACCCCUGGAUUUCCAAGCGCGACUCAGUGGCUCGCAGCUAUGUCAGCAAGGACAUCGUCGACGCACUUUGCUCUUUCUCUGAAGCAUCGGCCUUUCGCCGUGCUUGUUUGCUGGUCAUGGCCAUUUCCCUCUCCAACGAGGAGCGUGCCGAGGUUCACAAAGCCUUUCUGGAGAUCGACAAGGAUCACAGUGGCACGAUUACCCUCAGCGAGCUUCGCAGUGUCCUCGAGGAGAAGUUCCACAUUGAGGAUGCAGCGGUAGCCAG